AGUCCACAGCUGCACAUGUGCAAGAAAAUCUGCACCUGUAUAAAUGGCUCUAUUCAAGAAGGAAAUUGCAUAGGAAUACAGCAAGAUGAAGAUUUCCACCUUUCCAGUGAUUGCUCUACUAUUAUUUAAUAUCGUGUGUCGAUCCAGUGCUGUUAUCCCAGAAGAAGAAGAGGCCCCGGCGUUCUGGAAUGCGAAGGCUAAAGAAACACUGAAGAUUGCUUUGGAACUCCAACCAGUCAAACACAGAGCAAAAAAUGUUAUAUUGUUUCUUGGGGAUGGAAUGGGAGUUCCCACAGUGACCGCUACCCGAAUACUAAAAGGGCAACUUGAUGGCAAACCUGGAGAAGGAACUGUGCUAGCAAUGGAAUCAUUUCCACAUCUUGGUCUCUCCAAAACGUACAAUGUUGAUCACCAAGCCCCUGAUAGUGCAGGAACAGCUACUGCUUACCUUUGUGGGGUCAAAGCAAACUAUGGAACCAUUGGACUGAGUGCAGCAGCUAGACGAGGACAAUGUAGCACAACUUUUGGCAAUGAGGUCAUGUCAGUACUUAAGAGGGCAAAAGAUGCAGGAAAAUCGGUUGGCAUUGUAACAACCACUCGAGUUCAACAUGCUUCUCCAGCUGCUACAUAUGCCCACGUUGCAGACAGAGAUUGGUAUGGUGAUGGUGAAAUGCCACCCGAUGCAAUUAAGAAAGGUUGCAAGGACAUUGCUUUUCAGCUCAUAAAUAACACAGAUAUUGAUGUCAUACUUGGAGGAGGUAGAAAGUACAUGACUCCUGAAGGAACACCUGAUCCUGAAUAUCCACAGAACCCCAAGCAAAAUGGCACUCGAAAAGAUAAACAAAAUCUGAUUGAAAAAUGGCUCAGUAUCAAAAAAGAUGCACAAUAUGUGUGGAAUAAAGAGCAGUUUGAUGCUGUCAAUGUGGAGACAACUAAGUAUUUGAUGGGUUUGUUUGAACCCAAGGAUAUGAAAUUUGAGUUAAAUCGAAAUCGGACUAUGGAUCCUUCGAUUGUUGAAAUGACUGACAAAGCCAUUCAAAUUCUCCAGAAAAAUCCCAACGGAUUUUUCCUAUUUGUUGAAGGUGGUAGAAUUGAUCAUGGACACCAUGAUGGAACGGCAGUGCAAGCUUUAACUGAAGCAGUUAAAUUUGAUGAAGCUAUUGAAAAAGCAAGUAAAUUGACAAGUGAUGUUGACACUCUCACUGUAGUAACUGCAGAUCAUUCACAUAUGUUCGCAUUUGGUGGAAAAGCACUUCGUGGCAAUCCAAUAUUUGGACUGGCACCAGCACUUGCUUUGGAUGGAAAGCCAUAUACAACCAUCUUGUAUGGAAAUGGACCAGGCUAUGCAAUCACAAAUGGCACACGACCAAAUCCAAACUCCACUGAUUAUCAAAACAAGAAUUAUGAACAACAAGCUGCUGUUCUACUAGAUUCAGAAACUCAUGGAGGAGAAGAUGUAGCAAUUUUUUCUAAAGGUCCCAUGGCUUAUUUGUUCCACAAAACCCAUGAAGAGAAUUACAUUGCCCAUGUGAUUGCAUAUGCUGCUUGUAUUGAACCAUAUAAGGAGUGUCCACCAAGUCCCAGCAGUGGAUCCUCAGUCCAGCCUAUGAAUCUUCUCAGUAUUUUACUGGUGACACUUUAUUUUCUCAAGUCCUAAAGCAUGUUUAGCUGCUUUGUAUAUAAUGUUUAACUGCCUUAAAUUAUAAAUUCCAUUUAAUUCUACAAAUAUAAUUGAAAAGUAAUUAAUGCUUCAUCAUAAUUCAUAUGUUGUAUGUUUUUAUGUCUACGUAGCAAAAGAAACAUACUUUCUUUAAUAUUUGGUAACUUUGAAAACUUAUUUUAUUAAUUCAUGAAAUAUGGGUGUCACUAGCUAGGUCAGCAUUUAUUGCCCAUCACUGAUUGGCCUGGAGAAGUUGUGGUGGCUGCAAUCUGUGCAAUGCUGCUGGGUAAUGAUUCCCAGAUUUGGACUCCACGCCAGUUAAGGAUAAGCAAUAUAUUUUCAAUUCAGAAAAUGUGUGACUUGGAGGGGAACCUGGAGGAGAUGAUGCUCCCAUUCAUCAACUUAUAGAACUCCAGGGGUUAGAAAUUGUAGGUGUGGAAGGUAUCAUCAAAGUAAUAAUGAGCCAAUAGUAAAUAAUAAUUACAUAAUUCUGAUUGUGGAAUAAUGUAUGAAUUCAGUAUGUUUUGCAAAUCAUUAAAACAUUAUUAAUUA